AUGAAAUACUACUCGACUUGCAUUCAUCGGUCAAAUCCGAGACCAAAGACCUUCAAGUUCAAGACCAGCCAAACUCAGCAACAGAAGACAACUGUGGUAGACAAGGCAACAACAAGAAGAGCUGGUCAGUUGGUGGAAGCCAUUGUCUCCCUGGAAAGAAAAAAGAGGCCGGAAGUUGGUUACACCAUCGACAGGUUAGUGAAAGCAGAUGUUAAUGGAAUUGAAUUAGCGUUCAUUAGAGGUCAAAAGAGCUCCGAAACUUUCACUUUAGCAAAUCUUAUGCACACCAUGUCCGUUGCCGUUUCUUUAUCCACAGAAAACCCAUCUUUCUUCUCUUUCAACAAGCCAUUCUCCAUCAUCCCUCCCCUUUCAUCUUCAUCCUACACUCUCCUCUCCCAGCCGUCUGAUCAACCUCCUUUGACCGACCCUCCCAAUGCCAUCACCGUCAAAACCAACAUGGUUCAUUUGGGGAAAGCCAAUCACGAUGAUCUCUCUCUACUGUCGGUUUUCCAAGCCCGGACCCCAAAUUUCGAUCUCUGUUUGAGCAAAGCAAUUUCUGGUUGUUCUGGGAAUCAGCUCAUGGUGUUACUCAAAUCCGCUGCGGUUUCAGGGAAAACCGAUUUGGUCCGUACGUUAAUCAAUAAUGGUGGAGAUGUAAAUCAUAAGGACUCUGUUGAGGCUGGGCAUCUUGAUGUUGUCAAUGCCUUGGUUUCCUCUGGUUGUGAAAUUGAUAACUCAAUCGACCAUGUUUUUCACUAUGCAGCAGCAAUCAACAGUGUGGAUUUGAUGGAUGCUUUAUUUCGAGCUUAUGAAAACACAGAUGCUUUGAACCGUGCCGCAAGGGUUGGGGAUGUGAAUGGGAUAAAGAGUUACAUAGGUAAAGGGGCGAACGUGAAUGGGAAGGACCAGAAUGGGUGGAGGCCUCUACAUAGGGCGGCAUUCAAAGGCAAACUUGAGUGUGUUCGGACUUUGCUCGGAUACGGUGGCAACGCUAAACUUAUCGAUGACAAUGGGCAUUGA